CGAGGAGGAGGCAGGACCACGCUGGGUGACCCACGGAGCCCCCGCAGGCUCAGAACCUGCUCUAAUGCUCCCGGGUUCGGAGCCUGGGGUGCUGCUGAGUGAAUCCCGGCAGAGGAGGGUUUUGCAGCAGGACGGUGCCGUUCUCAGCGGGACCGCAGUUGUCAGCGACGAGGCCUGUGGCUCUGGCAACUACACGGUGCAGAUGAGCCUGCGCCCUGCGGCAGAAGCAAGCCCGGAGCUGCAGGGCUCAGCACCUCCCCAGGACGCCUUCCUGGCCUCCCUGGCGGUGCGGAGCAGCAGCAGCCAGCCCGUGCUGCGGGUCCGCUCCUGCUGCGUGACGCCGUCCAGCAGCCCGGGGGGCCCCGGCGCCGUGUGCUGCCUGCUCCCCAGGCUGCUAUCUGAAUGCAGACACAUCCAGGUACUGCAGAGCAGCGAGCCCAGAGCUGCUAGCUUCACCAUCCAGCUGUUCCAGAUGCUGAACCACUCGGUGGCCUAUUUGCACUGCGAGCUCAGUGUCUGUCUGCACGGCAAACCAGGCUGUGAACAGGGCUGCUUUGACAGCGUGGAGCCGCUUCCCCAGCCAGGUGACAGGAACAGCCCUGGGCAGCUGCGCAACCUGAUCUCGUUUGGUCCAGUUCUGCGAACCACGGACAGGUUUCUCUAUAAGCCUGUGGAAGGUGCUGAUUCUGCCGUGCUGGUGCCCAUUCUGCUGGGGUCCCUGACUGGCUUUGCUGUCCUGGGCAGUGCUUUCAUCAGCCUUUGGUUGCAUCACCGACAGAAAACAAAAAACCUAGGUUGUCCACAGUUUGGAGAAAUCCGCGGCCUGUGAAGCUGACUUCUGCAGGUCCCACACCAUGGCUACAAUAAUCAGAAAAGCGAUUGAUGUUGCAUUGCACCCUGUAUUGCUUUUGUAGAGCUUCUGCUGACCCAGGGAGCAAGCUCUCCAGACUCUGCUUUAAGCACAUCUCUCCUGCCUUUCUUCCCUUCGUUGUGAGCAGAUCCACAAGCUGCAGCAUAGAGAGGGCUGUAGGAGCAGCUCAGCUAAAAGGGAGAGCAGAGCUUAAAAUGCCAUAUGUGCAAGCACCAGCGCGCAGUCUGUUCACAGAAAUGGAAAAGUUGUCAGGGUGCAGUAGAUCUACCUAAAAUAAAGCACUAGACUAGAGCCAUGCCAUCAGGCAGACCAGAUUGUUGAGAAAAUAACAAAACUCAAGGUUAGUGGUUGGGAACAGGGACAGGAACCAAGAGCUUCAGAGAUCCAGCUCAGCA